AUGGGGCCGACUGAGGCUCUGGUGCUUGUUUCACUCGCAGGACUGUCGCGUAAGUCUUCAUUCAAAGCUUUUGUAUUUGUUCAUCCAGAAAAGCGUGAGCCAGCUCUCAUUGAGAGCAGAGAGCCACACAAAGCCAGAACAACAUUGCCUAUAGUGUAUUUAUGUACCAUUUCAGUUGCUAUCGGGAACGAUGAGGUGUUCGCAAAUACCCCGGGAGCAGGACCAUAUUACGUAAAGGAACAUAUGAUCGGACCGACUCUUAAGUGUUCUGUGCGUAGUAAAUUUGCCGAUCGAGCACGCUAUCAAGUGCAAUGGCAACGUUACAACAAGGGAAACCUCAGGUAUAUCUCCAUCAACGACCAGCUUCUUGACUCAGCCCACUUUGAGCUGGUCGGAGACAUCUCUAGUGGAGUAUACGACCUUAAACUCAAGGAUAUUGCGCAAAAUGCAGUGGAGGGCUCAUACUACUGCACU